GGCCGAGGCCGGGCUGUGUCUGGGGAUUGCGCGGUGGCAGCCUCGUUCCCCUCUCCGUGGGUAGGAUGGUUGAGUCCAGCCGCCACGGCAGCGGCUCCUUGCGCCGCUAGCAGCCUGUCUUCGGCGCUCGCGCCCGCCUUCCUCCCGCUCCAGCCCGACCCCCCCUCCCGCACCUCCCACUCGCUGGCUCUCUCUCCAGCUGCCUCCGCUCCAGGUUGCUCCCGGCUGCGCGCGCUCCUGUCCCCGCCUCGCCCCCUCCCGCAGCCUCGCCGCCUCGGUGUCUUCCUGCCCGGCUCGGCCGGCGCUCGUCCCCGGCCCCGGCCCAGGGGCUGCGCGCGGCUCGGAGCAUCUCAGCCCUGCAGUGGCUCGGACCCGAUGCUCCGGGAGCGCAGCGAGCCGGGCGCGCAGACCUACAGGAGGCGUCGGAUGCGCGGCCGGGCUCGGGUCCGGGAUCUCCCGCGGGCUUGCUGUGCCCUCUGGUGAUUUGGGGGCUGCGAUCGGAACCUUGCGGUUGCUUGGAGGAGACAGGGGCGUCGGAGAAGAGCCCUCGGUGUGCUGCGCGUGUGGAGUAUCCGCAGACAUGACUGCGCGGAGGAAAUUCAAGACUCUGCUCCUGCCUCGGGUGCUGGCGGUGCUGUGCGCGGGGCUCCUCACUGCAGCUAAGGGUCAGAACUGUGGUGGCCUGGUCCAGGGACCCAACGGCACCAUCGAGAGCCCAGGUUUUCCCCAUGGAUACCCCAACUAUGCCAACUGUACCUGGAUCAUUAUCACUGGGGAGCGCAACAGGAUCCAGCUAUCCUUCCACACCUUCGCCCUGGAGGAAGACUUUGACAUCCUGUCUGUUUACGAUGGACAGCCCCAGCAAGGGAACUUAAAAGUGAGGCUGUCGGGAUUCCAGCUGCCGUCUGCCAUCGUGAGCACUGGGUCGCUCCUCACACUGUGGUUCACCACGGACUUUGCAGUGAGCGCGCAGGGAUUCAAGGCCAUGUAUGAAGUUUUACCUAGUCACACAUGUGGGAACCCUGGAGAAAUACUGAAAGGCAUCCUCCACGGAUCAAGAUUCAACAUAGGAGACAAGAUUCGCUAUAGCUGUCUCUCUGGCUACAUGUUGGAAGGUCACGCCAUUCUGACAUGCAUCGUCAGCCCUGGGAACGGCGCGUCCUGGGAUUUCCCAGCUCCUUUCUGCAGAGCUGAAGGAGCCUGUGGAGGCACGCUGAGGGGCACCAGCAGCUCCAUCUCCAGCCCUCACUUCCCCUCCGAGUAUGAGAACAACGCCGACUGCACGUGGACCAUCCUCGCAGAGCCGGGGGAUACCAUCGCUCUGGUCUUCACGGACUUCCAGCUGGAGGAGGGGUACGAUUUCUUAGAGAUCAGUGGGGCAGAAGCGCCCUCCAUUUGGCUCACGGGCAUGAACCUGCCCUCUCCUGUGAUCAGCAGCAAAAACUGGCUCCGGCUCCAUUUCACAUCUGACAGCAACCAUCGACGCAAGGGGUUCAACGCUCAGUUUCAAGUGAAAAAAGCGAUCGAGCUGAAGUCCAGAGGAGUCAAGAUGCUACCCAGCAAGGACAGCAGCCACAAGAACUCAGUCCUGACCCAGGGAGGUGUGUCUCUGGUCUCUGACAUGUGUCCAGAUCCUGGGAUUCCAGAAAAUGGCAGAAGGGCGGGUUCUGACUUCAGGGUCGGUGCAAACGUGCAGUUCUCCUGUGAGGAUAAUUAUGUGCUCCAGGGAUCCAAGGGCAUUACCUGCCAGAGAGUAACAGAGACCCUGGCGGCGUGGAGCGACCACCGGCCCAUCUGCAGAGCCAGGACCUGUGGAUCGAACCUGCGAGGACCCAGUGGUUCCAUCACCUCCCCUAACUACCCCGUGCAGUAUGAGGACAACGCACACUGCGUGUGGGUCAUCACGACCACCGAUCCCGACAAGGUCAUCAAGCUUGCCUUUGAAGAGUUUGAGUUGGAAAGAGGAUACGACACCCUGACAGUCGGGGAUGCUGGGAAGGUGGGGGACACCAGAUCCGUCUUGCUCACCGGCUCCAGCGUUCCUGACCUCAUUGUGAGCAUGAGCAAUCAGAUGUGGCUCCACCUGCAGUCUGACGAUAGCAUCGCCUCCCCUGGGUUCAAAGCCGUGUACCAAGAAAUCGACAAGGGAGGCUGUGGGGACCCAGGCAUCCCAGCCUAUGGGAAGCGGACUGGGAACAGCUUCCUCCACGGAGACACGCUCACCUUCGAGUGCCAGGCGGCCUUCGAGCUGCUGGGGGAGCGAGUGAUCACCUGUCAGCAGAACAACCAAUGGUCGGGCAACAAGCCUAGCUGCGUGUUUUCCUGUUUCUUCAACUUUACGGCGUCUUCUGGGAUUAUCCUGUCCCCAAAUUACCCUGACGAAUACGGUAACAACAUGAACUGUGUCUGGCUGAUCAUAUCUGAGCCUGGAAGUCGGAUUCAUCUCAUCUUCAAUGAUUUUGAUGUAGAGCCUCAAUUUGACUUCCUGGCGGUCAAAGACGAUGGGAUUUCUGAUGUAACCAUCCUGGGUACUUUUUCUGGCAACGAGGUGCCUGCACAGCUGGCCAGCAGUGGACACAUAGUGCGCCUGGAGUUUCAGUCCGAUCACUCUACCACCGGCCGAGGGUUCAACAUUACAUACACCACAUUUGGUCAGAAUGAAUGCCAUGACCCUGGGAUUCCUGUAAAUGGGCGGCGUUUUGGUGACAGAUUUCUGCUGGGGAGUUCUGUGUCCUUCCACUGUGAUGAUGGCUUUGUGAAAACUCAGGGUUCUGAGUCCAUCACCUGCAUCCUUCAGGAUGGAAACGUAGUCUGGAGCUCCACGGUGCCCCGCUGUGAAGCCCCCUGUGGUGGACACCUGACAGCUUCUAGUGGGGUCAUCUUGCCCCCAGGAUGGCCGGGAUAUUACAAAGAUUCUUUAAAUUGUGAAUGGAUCAUUGAAGCAAAACCAGGACAUUCCAUCAAAAUAACAUUCGAUAGAUUCCAGACGGAAGUCAAUUACGAUACUCUGGAAGUCAGGGAUGGGCCAGCCAGCUCAUCCCCACUGAUUGGAGAAUACCACGGCACACAGGCCCCACAGUUCCUCAUCAGCACAGGCAACUUCAUGUACCUGCUUUUCACCACUGACAGUAGCCGGGCCAGCGUGGGCUUCCUCAUCCACUAUGAGAGUGUGACUCUCGAAUCCGACUCUUGCCUGGACCCAGGCAUCCCUGUGAAUGGUCAUCGGCACGGUAGUAACUUUGGUGUCAGGUCCACAGUGACCUUCAGCUGUGACCCUGGGUACACGCUAAGUGAUGAUGAGCCCCUGAUCUGUGAGAGGAGUCACCAGUGGAACCACGCCCUGCCCAGCUGUGACGCCCUGUGUGGAGGCUACAUCCAUGGGAAGAGUGGAACUGUCCUUUCUCCAGGGUUCCCAGACUUUUACCCCAACUCUCUGAACUGUACGUGGACGAUUGAAGUCUCUCAUGGCAAGGGAGUGCAGAUGAAUUUCCAUACCUUCCACCUGGAGAGUUCCCACGACUACUUACUGAUCACAGAGGACGGUAGUUUCUCAGAGCCCGUGGCCAGGCUCACUGGAUCCGUCUUGCCUCACACCAUUAAGGCUGGUUUGUUUGGAAAUUUUACCGCCCAGCUCCGGUUCAUCUCUGACUUCUCCAUCUCCUAUGAGGGCUUCAACAUCACGUUUGCAGAAUAUGAUUUGGAGCCCUGUGAUGACCCCGGAGUCCCCGCCUUCAGCCGUAGAAUCGGGUUCCAGUUCGGUGUGGGUGACACGCUGGCAUUUUCCUGCUUCCCAGGAUACCGCCUAGAAGGUGCAACCAAGCUAACCUGCCUGGGUGGGGGCCGCCGAGUGUGGAGUGCACCUCUGCCAAGGUGUGUGGCUGAGUGUGGAGCCAGUGUCAAAGGAAAUGAAGGAACAUUACUGUCUCCAAAUUUCCCGUCUAAUUAUGACAGUAACCACGAGUGUAUCUAUAAAAUAGAAACGGAAGCUGGCAAGGGGAUCCAUCUCAGAGCACGGAGCUUUCAGCUCUUUGAAGGAGACACUCUGAAGGUUUACGAUGGGAAGGAUAGCUCCUCAAGGUCACUGGGAGUCUUCACAAAAAAGGAAUUGAUGGGGCUGGUGCUGAACAGCACCUCCAACCACCUGCGGCUGGAGUUCAACACCAACGGGUCGGACACUGCCCAAGGCUUCCAGCUCACCUACACCA